AUGACUUCCUCCGACGUUCCGCAGGCUUUUGACAAGAACCGUGUAGAGGCCUUCAAGCUAGCGUUAGCAGAUUUCCCAGACGGUCUUACCAAGACGGUAGACUUCGAUGCGAUCCGGUUGCUCGACAAGGUCCGUGAUCACAACGACGACUGGUCGACAAACUCGCGCGCGCAGCCGGUCGCCGCACCUCUCACAGCUCCUCAGCAACGAUCAGCGGCACUAUUGCAUCAGCGGGGAGAGAAGCUUUCCGACGCUGACUGCUGUUCACGCUGUCGAGACAAUAAAGGCGUGUGGCAGUCAUGCGUUGUCGCACCCAUUUACCAGAAUAAAGCGCUCCAUUCUUACGCAUGCACAAACUGCAUAUAUUAUAAACGCCCUUCCGACUGCUCCUUGCGCAGCAAUUUUCAGGAAAAGGGAGGAAGCGCUUGGGUGUCUACUUCGACGGAGACCGUGCUUCAGCGCGGCGGACUGCUUGCCGCUAUCACGCAGGAUAGACUCGAACAGGCUCAACAAGAACGGGCUCAACGAGAACGGGCUCAACGGGAACGGGCUCAACGGGAACGGGCUCAACGGGAACGGGCUCAACGGGAACGGGCUCAACGGGAACGGGCUCAACAAGAACGGGCUCAUAAGCGACGUGAACGCGAGUCCGAGUUGGAAACUCUCCCUCGGAGCGGACGACGAACCGAAGUUUCUGUCGUGGUCCAUUCACCUGGUCCGGUCGCCAAGAGGUCGAAGACAACAGGCCGCACGCUGGGAUGGUCCAAAAAGCUUCUCAAGUCGGACGAGCUCGAGCCGGUCAUUACGGUAAUUGCCGAGAUGCAGGCGUUUCUUGCGCUGCUCAUUGCCCACAAAGACGAGUUGGUUAUGAAAAAUGAAGACGGGUUUUCGGAUUCAUCGAGCGAGUCGGACGCUUUGCACUCAUCAGAGGAGGAAUACGAUUCGGACUUGUAG